UUUGCGCAUGAGGCGGGUUGUAAUCACUAUAAUAUCAAAACUGAAAAGUGAAAACCAGUUGUAAUCGGCAAAGAUUGUGAUCCGGUGCGCCGUUUACGCACGCACUAAAAACAGGCCAAAAAGAAUUGUCCCGUUCAAGCCAUUAGCAUUUAGCACCCAUUUUUGUUGGAAAUGGAGCUUCCUGUAAUUGAUCUGGCACCCUAUCUGGAAAUCUGUAGCGAUGAGUUGGAUUCCCAUAUUAAGAGUAUGUGCUUGGAGGUGAGUCGAACCCUAAGAGAAACUGGAGCUUUAUUGGUGAAGGAUCCGAGGUGUACCGCUGAAGAUAAUGAUAAAUUCAUUGAUAUGAUGGAAAAGUACUUCCAACAGCCUGAAGAAUUUAAGCGCCUUCAGGAGCGCCCUCAUCUACAUUAUCAGGUCGGGGUGACACCUGAAGGAGUUGAAGUCCCACGUAGCCUGGUUGAUGAGGAAAUGAAAGAGAAGCUUAAAGCAAUGCCUAAAGAAUAUCAACCAUCUAGUCCAUCUGGACCAGAUCCUAAAUGGAGAUACAUGUGGAGAGUUGGUCCCCGUCCAAAGAUUACCUGUUUUAAGGAACUGAAUUCAGAGCCAGUAAUACCUGAGGGUUUUCCUGAAUGGAAAUGUACUAUGGACUCAUGGGGAUAUAAGAUGAUAUCUGCUGUAGAGUCUGUUGCAGAAAUGGCUGCGAUUGGUUUUGGUCUCUCAAAGGAUGCAUUUACUUCCCUAAUGCAGCAGGGACCACAUCUGCUUGCUCCAACAGGAAGUGACCUGAGGCGUUAUGGAAAAGAGGGAACAGUAUUUGCAGGAUACCACUAUGACCUGAACUUCCUUACUAUUCAUGGGAGAAGUCGAUUUCCUGGACUAAGUAUUUGGCUUAGAAAUGGGCUAAAAAUGGAAGUGAAGGUUCCUGUAGGAUGCCUCCUUAUUCAGGCAGGAAAGCAGAUAGAAUGGUUGACCGCUGGAGAAUGCAUGGCUGGCAUGCAUGAAGUUGUUGUAACUAAUAGGACCACUGAUGCGAUUAAACAAGCUCUGGAGCAAAACUGCAGUCUGUGGAGAGUAUCCUCAACGCUAUUUGCACACAUAGCAUCAGAUGCAGUGCUAAAACCUUUAGGGCAUUUUUCAGACAGUUCUCUUGCAAGCAAGUAUCCUCCCAUUUGUGCCGGUGAAUAUGUUGAACAAGAGCUUGCUGUCAUAAAUCUUAAAGGUAAUAAAGGAGCUUGAUAAUCCCCCUAUUUAAGAUAUUAAGUGGAUACCUACAGCAUUCACGGUGUUGCUAUAAAUGAUGAAGCAAAUUGAAAGUGUAUUCUUUUGUCAAUUCCUGGCCAGUAAACAGUCACAAGAGCCUUUGUAAAGGAGCAAAGUAUAACUAUAUCAUCAAUUCCCUAUUUCUAACUUGUUCAACACUAAGGUGAUUGGAUAUAUUUCCCAAAUGACUGCAAGAUAGACUUGAUUUCUUCUAUCAUUUGAUUGGCUAAAAGAUGAACUGUCAAUCCAUUCAAGUUUAGUAGUAUUGGCUUUGCUUGAUGUAUUGACGGUUUGCGUUUAUUCAAUUGAGUAAUGUCAGUUUCGUAGUGUC